AUAUCUGUUUUAAUUCAGAUAGUUUGAGCGCUAAGAUUUCUUCUCAGAAUCCAGCAGAAUGACUGAAGCCCAAGAUGUGUUUAAAAACAUCCAGCGAAAGCCUGGCCUGCAGAUCUGGACCAUCAGUAAAAUGAAAAUGGUCUCUGUCCCAGAGCAAGCAUUUGGAAUUUUUUUUGAGGGUGACUGCUACAUAAUUCUUAAUGUGAGCAACAUCACCACACAAUCCACUGAUAUCCACUACUGGAUAGGCAACACUUCCUCUCAGGAUGAGCAGGGAGCCGCAGCCAUCUAUGUAACCCAACUGGAUGAGUAUCUCGACGGCAGUCCGGUCCAGUACCGGGAGGUCCAGGGAUGUGAAUCAGCCAAAUUCAAAAGCUACUUCAAGAGUGGCCUCAUAUAUAAAAAAGGUGGUGUGGGAUCGGGAUUCACUCAUGUGGAGACCAAUAUGUACAACAUUCAGCGUCUGCUCCACGUCAAAGGGACAAAACACGUGACCGCCAGAGAGGUGGAUGUUUCCUGGAGCAGUUUUAAUCUAGGGGACAUAUUCCUUCUGGACUUGGGAAAAGCAAUAAUUCAAUGGAACGGUCCUCAAAGCAAUAGACAAGAAAAAUUAAAGGCUGUUCUGUUGGCCCAGGACAUCCGGGACCGAGAGCGUGGAGGCCGGGCUCAGAUUGGUGUGAUUGAGGGUGGGCAGGAAGAAGCCUCUGUUGACCUGAUGAAGAUCAUGAAAUCUGUUUUGGGUCAGAGGACUGUUAACCUGAAAGAAGCAAUCCCUGAUGACAAACCAGACCAAAACCAGAACUCUAUCGUCAAACUCUACCAUGUGUCUGAUGCCAGUGGUCAGCUGUUGGUACAGGAAGUGGCUGCCAGUCCACUGACCCAGGAUUUGCUUUGUUCCACGGAUUGCUAUUUUUUAGAUCAAGGUGGCAACUCAAUAAUGGUCUGGAAGGGAAAAGGAGCAUCAGACGAAGAGCGACGCUCGGCACUGAGUCGAGCGGUUGGCUUUAUAAAAGCAAAGAACUACCCGUCCAACACUAAAGUGGAAGUAAUGAGUGAAGGAGGAGAGUCUGCCAUGUUUAAACAUCUCUUCAAGUCCUGGAAAGAAAAAAGUCAAACCCACGGCCUAGGAAAGAUCCAUGCAGUAGGAAAGAUAGCUAAAGUGGAUCAGGUGAAGUUUGACGUAAUGGAGCUUCACGCCCAGCCAAAGCUGGCUGCUCAGGAGCGGAUGGUGGAUGAUGCUUCAGGACACGUUCAGAUUUGGCGGAUUGAGAAUCUUGAACUGAAGGAGGUGGACCGAAGCACUUAUGGACAGUUCUAUGGUGGAGACUGUUAUCUAGUGCUGUACACUUACAACAGAGCCAACAAACCUCAGUACAUCCUCUACAUGUGGCAGGGUCGCCAUGCCACACAGGAUGAGGUGACGGCAUGCGCUUAUCAAGCGGUGAAUUUGGAUAACAAAUACAAUGGAGCCCCAACACAGGUCAGAGUGGUCAUGGGAAAAGAGCCCAGACACUUCCUGGCCAUCUUUAAGGCCAGACUCAUCAUAUUUGAGGGUGGGACAGGCAGACCGGGUGUUGUGAACCCUGACCCUGGUGCCCGGCUCUUUCAGGUCAGAGGAACACAUGAGAUGAACACCAAGGCAACAGAGGUGCCCGCCCGAGCUUCCUCUCUCAACACCAAUGAUGUAUUUCUGUUCAAAACUCAUCAGACUGUGUUCCUGUGGUAUGGAAAGGGCUGCAGUGGAGAUGAGAGGGAGAUGGGGAAAGCAGUAGCUGAUUUGCUUUCUGAGCAGGAUAAGCAGAAUGUGAUGGAAGGACAGGAACCAGCUGCUUUCUGGGUGGCUUUGGGAGGGAAAGCUCCAUAUGCCAGUGACAAGAGAUUGGAGAAAGAAGUGGCACCUCACGAUCCUCGUCUGUUUGAAUGCUCCAAUCAGACGGGCCGAUUCCUCAUGACAGAAGUGUCUGACUUCUCUCAGGACGAUCUGGAUGAGGAUGAUGUCAUGCUAUUAGACACCUGGGAGGAGAUUUGCCUUUGGAUUGGCAACUCAGCCAACCAGUACGAGAUUCAGGAGUCCUAUAGCAGUGCAGUGGACUAUCUUAAAACCCACCCAGCAGGACGGGACCCUGGAACACCGAUCUCCACUGUUAAACAAGGCUAUGAGCCUCCUACCUUCACCGGCUGGUUUAAUGCUUGGGAUGCUCACAAGUGGAGCGGAGGCCUUUCAUAUGAGGAGAUGAAAAGCAAGCUGGGUGAUAUUUCGCAAAUCACUGUGAAUCUCAACAACACAGACCUGAAUAAGAAGACAGGAGGAGGUGCGGGGAGCUACAGCGCUCCGGGAGGACCGGAGAAUAUAAGGUCCCAUAACCAGCGGAUGUCCUCUUCCAUCUCCAAUGCACAUGCAGACCAGUCUCCCACCAGAGCAAAGCCUUUUGGGAUGCACCAUUCUGAGCUAGCUCAAACACCUAACGUUAACCAGCUGCGUCAAGGAGAGGACCCUGGAAAACGAGAGGAAUUUUUGACUGACGCAGAAUUUGAGAAUCUUCUCGGCUGCUGCCGUAAUAAUUUCCAGCGACUGCCUAAAUGGCGUCAGAAUGACCUUAAAAAGAAAGCAGGACUGUUUUGAUUUUAUUUUACUAU